AUGGCGCUCCUCCUGACGACGUUCAAGCAUACGCUGUGCCGAUUGACCCCGCCGGCCGUCCGCGGCGACACAAUUGCCCCAUUCAAUCCCCCCAUCGUCGGCAUCGACCUCUUGGACUUUGUUGUCCCUUGGUUUUUCAAUUUGCACCAAAAAAACCACGAUCCGUACGAAAAACACAUUUUGUUUAAACACGUCGAGUACACACCACAGGGCCUGAGCCACGCCGACCUGGUGUGCCUACGACGUCGGACCCAUGUUCUGCGGCCAAAGUGUGUGCCCCGCUGUCACUUCAUUCCAGCGCGGCGCGGGUCGAGCGGUGGGUGACCACGUCAAGGUCUCGUUGGAUACGUUGGAACGAGGAAUGUUGCCAUCUACGACAUCGCAUGGAACGCACGAUGCACCACCACCAGCCCAUUCGUGCUCGUUUCAACCUACCAACUGUAUCGCCAUCGCGCUGAGUAGUAGAC